CGGUGGAGCGCGGAGCCGGGGCCGCGGCGCUCUGUCCCGCACCCCGCGCUCUCCGUCUGGGCGCCGGGCCUGGGCCGCGGGCGCGCGGCGAUGCGGAUCUGGAGCGCGGAGCACGUGUUCCGAGGUGUAUGUGCUGAUUACCUUCGGUGAACCCCAAAAGAGAAACCUUUGCAUCCAAGCCUCGGCCUGAGUGGUUACUUCGCUCUGGGACGUGCAUCUUCGCUUUGUGCGCCCCGGCUCUGGACGUGAGGUUGAGGCCGUUGUUGUCUUCUCCCGCCAGCCACCCCUGGGACACGGUCAUCCAGGCGGCCAUGAGGAAGUACCCGAACCCCAUGAACCCCUGCGUCGUUGGGGUGGACGUGCUGGAGCGGACGGUGGACGGGCGCGGCCGGCUGCACAGCCACCGCCUCCUCAGCACUGAGUGGGGCCUGCCUGCCCUCGUCAAGGCGGUGAGCCUGGGCCGCCGGCGCCACGGGGACUGCUCCGCGGGCAUUCCCGGGACACCCAGACGAUGUGCUUGCGAACUUCAUCCAGUGAUUUUGGGAACCAGUAGGACUUUGACAUACAUCAAAGAACAUUCUAUUGUGGAUCCGGUAGAAAAGAGAAUGGAGCUUUGUUCCACCAAUAUUACACUCACAAAUUUGGUGUCAGUUGAUGAGAGGUUGGUGUACACUCCUCAUCCAGAGAACCCUGAAAUGACUGUGCUCACCCAGGAAGCCAUCAUCACUGUAAAGGGGAUCAGCCUAGGCAGCUAUCUGGAAAGUUUGAUGGCCAACACGAUAUCAUCCAAUGCAAAGAAGAUUAUGUCGUCAUUUCCCUCACACGCCCCUUCAUCAAGAGCGUCUUCACCUUCACAAAUCCCUUCCGCAGAGGCCUGGCGACUGCUCCUCCCAUCAGAUGGGCACUCCCAGCUUCAUUUCUCCCCUCAACCCCUGUGUGUUCAGACCUGCCCAUGCUUAGAAGCAACCCCCCGAAAUGGCAGCACAACAGGGACACAUGGUCGCGAGGCCGUGGAGUGGGUGAUCCGCAGCCUGGACGCCGAGCUCGAGGACCUGGCGGCACCGGCCUCGGAGAGGGCGUGAGGCGCGCGGAGGUCAUGGAGUCAGAUCCAGACGCGGAGGACAGGGCCGCGCCCGAGCCGUGAAGGAGCCGAGAAGGAGCCGAGAAGGAGCCGAGGAGGAGCUUUCUCCCCGAGGCGCUGCCACCGUCCACGCUCGCGCUGUGUGUGGUUUGCCAGGAAGGACAUUCGCUGGAGUCCCUGCCCAGCGGGCAGUGUGGGCUGUUUAGGAAAGGACGCCUGAAAGGGAGCGAAUCUGUUAUGUCUUGACCUAAAUAUUACUAUUUCUUUUGGUGGGAAGAAAGUUCUUUUUGUUUAUCAAACAAGAAAUUAAUUCCAAUCUUUGAUAUCCCCUCCCCAAAGUCCAAAAUGUCAGAGCGAGGAAAGAAAUAGCCUUCUUACCCUCUCCAUGCUCACACCAUUCAAAUAGAAAUUUCCCGUGGGUGUUGACCCUUAAGUUUGCUGCCAUCCUGGACUGGUCUCAGAAAGAAUGCUGUGUUCAGAGGCUACAGAGGUGUUUUUAAGCUUUAGAGCAGCUAAGAAUGACCUUGCGAGCCUGUUACACCUGCGGGUUUCUGGUCAUCAGCCGCGGACCGUCUGCCCGGUCUGGGGGGUGGCCCGGGAACCUGCACUUUCACCGACCGCAGCAGGCAGGUCCCGCGCAGGUGCUCCCAGCCCCUCAGCUCCCCUUCGAGGGUUCCCACCACCUGCCGGGCUCAGCGGGGCCGCUGUGCUGCUGCCGCUGCCUAAGGAAACGAGGCCAAGUCCAAACGCUGUAUUCUACAAACACUACGGUGUUUUGCAAGUGUACUUAAUUUAUUUACUAGAUUUGAUUAUCUUUCACUGACAAUAGGCCCUUGAUUUAAUUUCAGAGAUGGAUUUUUAAUUACAUGUGUGUAGCAAGUAACACAACACAUCCCUCUUUCAUUUGGGUUUCUGAAUAUGAAGUGGGAUACGUUUUUCCUUUAUUUUUGUUGUAACCAAAUCUACAGUUUAGUUGUUUCACAGAUGUAAGUAUCUUGGGAUAUACUAUUUUGCUAAUGUCAUAUUUUUUUGCCUGAGAUUUAAUUUGAUUUGUUCCUUUUUAUCCAGCGCAUAUAAAUAGAUCCAGAAUUCGGCUGCCUUUCCAAUGGUAUACCUUUGUUACUGUGGCCAUUGAGUAUGGCGGAAAUAAAAGUUGAAUAAGCGCAGUAGCUACUGUGUCGACUCUUCACACAAACCAGAAGUUACUGGACUGAUGCGCAAGAGAAGCCCCGUUUUCUCCUGUAUGAGCCGGGUUUUCCGGAGGUGUGUGGGCCCCGUCGGACCAUCCUCUGCUGGGUCCACCUAGUAAGGGAGCUGCUGGCAAUUCCAUUCCACAGAAGCUGUGCGAAGCCCUCUGGGGCUUCUUUACUAUAGGAAAGGGAUGCUACUGAAUGUUCUUUGAAGACCCCUCCAUGCAUUUGAUGUUAGAACCAGAUAUUAAUAAAACUGUAUGUCUCUGA